AUGAUGCACCCCUUCUGGUUGUUGUCCGUCUUGGCGGCGGUGACGUCGGGAUUGGGGAAUGACUCGGAAAUACUGGGCCCCAACGAUUUCGUGGAGACGCACCCGGAUUGUGCGAUCAAGAUCGACCGCUGGGAGAGUAGCGUUGAAUUGAUUGGGAAUGGUACCGUGGUCGGCCUCGUCGCGCCACUCAUCGAUAUAUGGCUCGGAUGCGCAUAUAAGGCCCAAGUGGCGUUCUGCCGCUAUAAGGGCCUGUGCCGAGUGAUGAAUGCAUAUUCACCCGCCGAAAUGUAUGAGUGCGUGUGCGAUCCGUGGUAUUACGGGCUGAGAUGCGAGCAUGAAUACACAAUGACGGCGUGGGCGAGUGUAACCGGUUGGGCGUGCACGCUGCUCACCGUGGCCGCCGUCGCCGGCAACGUGUUGCUGAACCGGCGACAGAGAAAAGCCGCCAAGGCCAAGGCCGCCGCGAGGAGCGAGGACUCGGCUCCGGCCCCCGCCGCUCCAGAAGCCCCUGCUGUACCCGGGGCUCCGGAGCCCAGUGCCCCAGCGACUCCGGAAGCUGCUGCUCCAUCGUCGCCGGAGGCUGCUGCCCCUCCUGCUGCUCCUGCUACUCCUGCUGCUCCAGCUACUCCGGCGCCUCCAGCUACUCCUGCCACUCCUGCUCCUCCAGCUGCUCCAACUGCCCAGGACGCACCCCCGGUCCCUGAUCAUCGACCGCCUGUUCCUGCGCAUGGUAGCCCGGCACUGCGCCAACCAUCCAAGUCGGCUCCGAAA